AUGGGGACCCCCCUGACGUGGCUCUGUGGCAGCCGGCACAGCAGCCUGUGGGAGCCGCGGGCGGCCGAGCAGGCGCCGCACCCCGAGGGGGACACCGCCAGGGACACGAGCGGCCCGUCCCCGCUGUCCUCCCCGCUGGCGUCCCCGCAGCCCUCCGAGGAGGAGGCAGCUGGCGGGGGGCUGCUGGGGGCCUCCCGGCGCCCCCGCAUCUCCCUGUGCUCCGUCAUGCGGAGCAUCAGCCUGCUGGAGACCCCCGAGCCCCUCGAGCUGCCGGGGGAGCCCCUGGCCGGGGAGCAUGGGAUGACGCCGCUGUCCCCCGCCAGGUGUUUGAGGCCGCGGAGGAAGCAGAGGGUCCCUCCCCGAGGUCACGACCCUCGUCCCGCCCGCGCCGCGUGGUGCGCCAGGCCAGCCUGGAUGGUGGCCCCGCCCCGUUCUGUGACCACACCCAUAGUGAUGGCCACACCCAGGACCACACCCAUGCACCUGGCCACGCCCACACGGACGAACCCACGCCUUAAUUUGGGGGGCAUGGGUCAGCGCCUCCUCACUGCCAUGGCAAACGGAGGGGCGUGGCCUGUGCCGGGGGCGUGGCCAGUGAGCCGGCACUCCCCGCCCACGCCCCGCCCGCACCCUGGGGCUGGGCCGUGCCUCUGUCCCAGCCCUACGCACACAAACACCGACACCGCUCCUGCACUGGCAAUAAAGUGUGGAAAUGGCAGCCACUGGUGGCUUUGUGGCCCUGAGCACCUGGAGGGUGGGCUGCCGUCAGUGGGGACCGGAGUGAACGCUCUGGGGACACCGGGCGGGCACGGGGACCCAGCGGCGCCAUUUUGUGCGGCACGGGGGAACUGCAACUCCCGGCGGCCUUUGCGCGAGAAGAACAACUUCCGGGUUGCCAUGGCAACCGUCGCGGCCUAG